AUGAUUCUUGAACGAAGUCGGCACACAAUAACAUCACCAGCGAUAGGAACCACAGUUAUACCGACAAUUGUGAUAUCUGUAAACUCAACUACAUCAACACUAGCCUCGACAAUAAUAACAACAUCAAACAGAACAACAAUGGUAACAACUAUUAACACGAGAGUAUCAACAACAUCAGUGCCGACAUCGAUGUUAACCACAAUCCCAACAAUAACAACAGUACCCGUCGAGGCAUUAGCAUCAACUACAGACACAGUUAUCAUAUUGACAACAUCAGUACCAACCACACCUAUUAUAAAAACGACGACAUCGUCAACGGCAGUAGCAACAACAGUAACACAAGUAACCGCCGAAACAUUAGCCACAACUACAAACACUCUAUCGGCUACAUCGCCAGUAACAAUACUAAUAUCGACAAUACCGAUAACAGAUGCGGUAACAUCAUUAACCCCAACAGAGUCAGUAACAACAAUGAUAUCGAUUACUACAAUAACUACUACGACAACUGCAGUAAUCACUACUCGUUCUACUACAUCUUUGCCAUCAAGACCUGGCGACGGCAUCUGUGCAACAGCUACAUGGCAACGAGUAGGUCAAGUUGUGGCUGGUGGUAAUGGAGCAGGAUCGAAUCUUAAUCAAUUGAGUCACCCUGCUGCUAUCAUCGUUGAUGAAAAUCAAACAAUUUAUGUCUCGGAUAAUGUUAAUAAUCGUAUUGUAAAAUGGAAUGCUGGUGAUUCAAGUGGACACAUAGUUGCCGGUGGAAAUGGUAGAGGAAACGCGCCUAAUCAAUUACAUGGUCCACGCGAUUUUGUUUUCAAUCAAAAUGGGACACUUUAUAUUGGUGAUGCUGAAAAUAAUCGUGUUCAACGUUGGUUUCGUGGUGAUUCGACUGGAGAUACAAUUAUUAGUGAUAUUUCUGCUCACGGUAUGGCACAAGAUGAUGAAGGAUCUCUCUAUAUAUCCGAUAGAGUGAAAGGUGAAGUGAUAAAACUACCGAUGAACGAGACUGUUGGACAAGUAAUUAUUUCCAAGCUGAAUCAUCCGUAUCUAAUUUUCCUUGAUAGAAACCGAUCUCUCUAUGUAGCUGAUCGAGAUAAUCAUCGAGUGGUAAAAUUAGAGUAUGAAGCAACGCAAAUUUCCGUUGUUGCUGGUGGAUCUGAUGGUGGUAGUGGUAUAAAUCAACUGCAAGGGCCAGAAAGUGUAUUUGUCGAUGAAUUCGAAACUCUCUAUAUAGCUGAUAGUUAUAAUCAUCAGAUCAUACGAUGGCCACGUGGAGCAAUAUCCGGCAGUGUUAUUGCCGGUGGUCGCGGACAAGGUUCUGGCUUAGAUCAAUUUAAUUCACCGACUGAUGUAUCAUUUGAUCUCGAGGGUAAUCUUUACGUGGCCGACCAUAAUAAUCAUCGUGUACUCAAAUUUUCCAUUGAUAAAAUGUCCUGUUGA